AUGCAACCGCCUAAGCCCUUUAUCGGGGCGAUCGGGGGCUCCUUUGUCCUACUUCAGCUGCUGUUUCUGGCCAUGAUGUGCUACCUAUACGGAACGGCCUUUCAUGAUACAUCCCGAAUUCAACACAUGAAGCUCCAAGACCCCGGAUUCCCCAGCGUGCAUCAGCACUCCCCGAGCGAGUUUCCCUCCACAGGCGAUGUUCGACGAGCUGUCUGCCACGGUCACUACUGGGGCGCAAUCUACGCAAACUCGAAUGCCUCCACGCGACUUUCCAGCGCCCUCGCCUCUCACGAAGCAGCGGAGGCGUACGACAACACGACCGCCCUGACGUACGUGUGGAACGGGGCACGAUACGCUGCCUACGCGCAAACCAUCUACGCCAGCCUCGAGGCCCUCGUCACAGCCACCAGCGGCGCGUACGGACAACUCAACAGCACGACAGCGAUGGCCCACGUGAAUGUCUCCGAUCCGUCCAUCGCGCAGACCCUGCUCGCCCCGAUCGCAGCUUCGGCGAUCGACAUCAAGCCCACCAACCAGGGGCCGCGCUUGUUCUACAACACCGUGAGCAUGGUGAUGCCCAUCCUGAUGCAGUCCUUCUUCAUCAUGGCGGUGAACAGCAUCUCCGCCGAGUUCGCCGCCUUCACUUCCACCUUGUCCGUGACCCGGCACACUUUAUUCCGGAUGUGCCUCUCCCUGUGCUACACAUUUCUCGGCGCCCUCGCCAUGGCCGGCUACAUCUGGGCCUUCCGCGAGGACUGGAGUACGAGCGACGGCAACGCCUUCGGCCGCACCUGGAUGGCCCUCUGGCUCGUCAUGCACAUGAACUACCUGUGGCAGGACGCGACCACCGUCGUCGUGCCCUCCAAAUUCAUGUCCUUCGUCAUGCUCACCUGGAUCAUCCUGAAUGUCUCCAGCACCAUCGGCCCUUUCGAUCUGUCGCCCGGAUUCUAUCGGUGGGGCAACGCCCUCCCCGCCUACGAGAUGUACCAGGUUCUGCUGUAUAUCUGGACGGACGGUUGCAAUCGGCCCGCGCUGCAUCAGUCGUUGCCGAUUCUGUUCUCGUGGUGGGUCGUCGGGCUGGCCGUGUUUGUGGUCGGGAUGCGGGCUAGGGUGCGGGCGUUGCGCGGGAUGGCUGGAGGGCCGGAAGGCCGUGAGGAGCGGGAAGGUGAGGGGGUGGUGAAGAUGUAA